AACCCACAAUUCCACAGACUAUAAACCGCCGACCUCCACUUCGCAGCUCAGCGAAACUGUUGAGCUUUCGAACGCACAUCUCGGCGCAAUUACAUUAUCUCUCUAUAUACACACACACACGUCUCUUGUUACCAAUAUUGGUCAUGGCGAAAGGUGAUGAUAUAGUGAGGAGAAAAAAGAACAAGGAAAAUAGAAAGAAAUUACAGAGGGAUCCUGCUUCAAAGGUCUCCGCCCGGGUUGCUGCCGUUAUCGCAGCCAAGAAGAGGCGAAAGACCGGUAAACGCAGCAUGUGCCAGGGGAUGUGUUUUAGCCUUCCCACACCUGAGGACCCUUUCAACGACAAGUACAGUACAAAAAAGGAUCCUAAGAAACCUUCCAAAGUAGAGGAGGGGGCAUUGGCAAAGGGUAAACCCAAUCCCCUAGGUAAAGGACUUUUUGAUGGAAAGAAGCUAAAGACAGAUCAUGUGGGCCAUCUGGAAGUGAAACAUGAGAAGGUUCAAACUUUGAAGAAUGGGCAUAAAAAACCGCUUAUGCCUGAUAAUCUGAAGCAGACGGGGUAUGUUGACGGGCGAACCAAGACUCAGAUGGAUUUAGAAGCUGAUGAUCAUUAUACUUUAGAGUUAGAACAGACCUUUGAAAACUCAGAUUGCCCAUCAAAGUUUCUUAUACUGUGCUUGAAUGCUAUAGAAAGUGAUCUGCGGCUUAGUGGUUCCUAUAAAAUUGAGGAGAAGCCUCUGUUUGUUAACUAUUGGGGAGUUGAGUUCUGGAAAUGUUAUUCAGUUGGAAAGGAUAUACUGGAUUUGAGUGGAGGAUCUUCCAGAAUAGAGCAAAUUGCAUGGUUGGCUUCUACUGCUGCUGAUACUAUUGCAAGAAAGGAGAAGGAAGGUUUAUCAUUCCACAGUCCCUUUCUUUUAUUCCUUGUUCCAUCCCAAGAAAAAGGCACCAAGGUGCGCUCGGUUUGCAAGCCUUUGAAGGCUCUGGGUAUACACACAGUGAGUUUGCAUCCUGGUGCCUCUCUACAGCAUCAAAUUCACGGUUUGAAAAGUUGUGAGCCAGAGUUCCUCGUUUCCACACCUGAGAGACUCUUGGAGCUAGUAUCUAUGAAGGCCAUUGAUAUUUCAGGAGUCUCCUUUCUGGUUGUUGAUGGGAUAGAAGCUUUUUGUGAAAGUAGUUGCCUUGAUGCGAUACAGACCAUUAAGCAGUCUAUUUCAGGAAAUCCCCUUACAUUAGUUUUCAACGAUUGCUCCAAUUCUACAUCUAUUCCAGCUUUGCAAAAUCUUCUGUCAGAACCAGUUAGUAGAUUAUCCCUCAGUGGUUCAUUUUUCAGUCAAAGUGCAUCUAUUCUACGGACUUGUCAGAAGAAGAAAAAAUUAGUGAAGCCUCGGGUUGUGAAAGCAGAAUGAGACCAACAGUCUCAGUGAUAACCAUGAGCACUAUUAUGAGUCGCCCAAUGAUUGAUCGAGCGACUAUGAAGUUGCAACGUUACCCUAUUUUGUUCUCUUGAUUGACAAUGACGAUUAAUACUCACAAGGACUCCCCAGCACACAAUCCGCAACAUUCUGGAGAGCUUUUUACCAAAAAAUUAUGCACUGCGCUGCACCAUUGGCCAAUCUCCCUGAACUGUGAGUAUGGGCGGGCAGUUCUUGAAGCUUGAAGGUGCACCUUGGAUCUUAUUGACUGAAUCAUGAACUUAUUUUUCUUUUGCAUUUUAUGAUCCUCAUUCUUCUAUCUGGAUCAGUUUAUGUAUUGUCUAAACAGUUUUUGCAAUUGGGUGUGAUGAGAGGAUGGAGUAAGCAAUUUUGAAGAGUUGCAGGUGUGACCAUUGAUGAAAAAGCUUGAAUAAUGUGGGAUUGGAUCAUGAAGUAUGAUUGUCAACAGAAAACAGAAUUUCUGGUAAUUUCCAGUAGUAAUUACCAGAAAAAACAAACAAGGUGUAAGCAAAUCUAGUGGAUUGAUUAAUACUCUGUCAAAA